UAAGGUCAAGGGUCAAGUGGCCACACGCCCCAUUACGGGGUGUGGUUUGCGAGUAAAAGAUAUUGGACAAUUCAUGGCUGCCCUAAAAAGUAGAGUUAAGUCGUUCCUCUCUGGAUUUCAGAGCAAGGGCCAUGAUGACGAACAGAAAGAUGAGGAAAUUCAUGCUCUUCAGCCUCCAGAUUUGCCUCAUGGUAGAGAGGACUUAAGGAAAACAGAAGAAGUUAUUGAAGAUAUUGAUCAAGCCUACUUUAGUGAACCAGAAUUCGAUUGUAGUGAGCUAGAACUAAAGCGAACAGAGUCAGAGCUGGACGUUCCAAAACUUGAAGAUCGGAUAUUUGUUCUCAAAACACAAGACAACGCAAUUUACAGGAAAAUCUAUGACUUGGUGUUUGCAAAUUACACAGCUUAUGUUCAGGAACUAGAGAAUGUCACAAUGCUUCAAGUGUCUCUACAACAAGCCUCUACUACUUGCAUCAAUGCUAGAAGGCAGUUAACUGAGGCUAGAAAAGGUGUGUCACAUGGCGGGCUGGGACUGCUGGCGAAACAUCGAAGAAGGGAGAGACUGCGAGCUUUGCUGGACAUUCUCAGAACUCUCAAGACCUUGCAACGUACUGAUGCAAGACUGAAGGAAUUGCUUCAGGAGUGCGACUAUCCUUCUGCUACCCAAAUCUGUAUUGAGUGUCAGGAUGUCAUCCAAACCUACAAGCAGUACUCCUGUGUCAGGGAAUUGGCCACGUCGCUGCAAGACAUUCAGACUGAUAUUGAGCGAGAGCUUGAAGAUGCUCUUGAGAAGUUGUGCUCCAGAUUCAAAGCUGAUCGUUAUGAACAAGUCCAAGAGUCGUAUCAGAAGCUGGGAAAAAUUCAGACCGCUGUGGACACACUCCUAAUGAAGUUUACCACCACAGUCCACGAUACAGCAUACUCUGUUGUUCAAGAGCAUGUGAGGGCUGGGAGUAAUCUACCCCAAGAUGACUUGGCGGUGAAAAUGAACUAUUCCAACUUAUGCAAGUUGGUUACUCCAGAGCAAUUUAUUCCAUGCCUGAUGGAAAUAUGCUUCGCAGUAUGGAGGAUCCUGCACAACUACUACAAAGUGAGAGAGUGGCACAGCUCCUCUGAGACUACCAGUAGUGGCGAGGGACAGGAGGCCAGUGAAGAGACAUUUAACCGGAACUAUGUCAGGACAAAGCUGGAGAAUGGACUGCUCAGAGUUUGGAGGGACGUCCAACAGAAAGUUCGGCCCUACCUUCUUGCCGCUGACAUGUCCCAAUUCAAGUAUGACGAUUUCCUACGAGUAUUGGAAAUAGUGAACAGGUUGAUUUCGGUUGGUGUGGAAUUCUGUGGAGAAGGCUCUGACAGUUUACAGGAGUCCAUGAGACAGCAGAGUCUCAAGUACUUCAAGAACUAUCACAGGGGAAGACUUGAAGAGUUGAAACUGUUCCUAGAAAAUGAAGCAUGGGAGCCGUGUCCUGUUCGGUCGUCCUUUAACACACAGAAACUGAGAGAGUUCAGGUUUCUUCGAGAAGUUGCGACUUCCCCUCUUCUCUCAAAAGACUCAACCAGCAAAAAUACUGUUGCAGAUUCCAGUCUGUUUCAACGUUACUCUUUGGAUGAAAACCCUUUCUCCCAGGAUUAUCAGGAAGAAGAGGGAGAGGAUGUCAUUGAAUACGGAGGGUUUGAUGAUGCAGUGAGUGAUGAUGAGCGGAUGGAUGAAGAAGAUUCAGGAGAAAAAGUUGGGCAGGCAGGGAAUCGACUUAGGCCACCUGUGGCUAGUUAUAGACGCCAGCAUUCAUCUAACACUCGAAGAGGACCGCUACUAUCAAACACUACCCUCACUGUCUUGCGAUUUUUUGGUAACUACAUUCAGAUGAUGAAUGCUUUGCAAACUAUUGCUUCAGAUGUUUUAGAGUGUCUGUCUCAGCUGUUUGACUACUACCUAUUUGCUGUAUACAAGUUCUUCACAGUGGACUUGCUACAACAGAAUAGAGAAGAGAUACAACUGAGUACUAAGCUGACUACUACGCUGACUCGUAUUGAGGAGACACUUAUAAACCAGGACAGUGGAGCUCAGACAGUUGUCAUGACGCCCGAUGGUGGUGUAAAGGUACCGUACCCAGUAGCAAGUCCGUUUGUGGGAUUGGAUGAUCCUGAGCAACUGUAUGGGCUGCACUGUCGCACUGUGGCUGUUGAAUCAUUAGUUUUCUUGGCUAAUCAGUUCGUGGAGCUUUUGCCAUACCUAAAGAAGUAUGUUCAAGACUCAAAACAUAGCUUCUUGGAGCAGUUUCUAUCUCACACCAUUAAAACUGUGCAAGAGCUUCGCCGUCCUAUCUAUCAUGGAAUUUCUUCGAAAGCUGUGCCCUUCGAUCAGAUUUUACAAGUCAUGAGCAGUGUCAAAUGGGAUUUGAAGGAAAUUAUGUCUCAACACAGUGGCUACGUUGACCAGUUGCUACAGGAGUUUACCAAAUUUCAGAAGAAAACAGAUGCUAUUGACAGGCGUAUCCACUUUCCUAUGGAAGCCAAUAACAUGUUGUGGGAGCGUGCUAUCCUGCUGUCCAAUCGCAUGUUUGUGGAAGGGUUUGCCCAAGCUAAGAAGUGCAGUAAUGAAGGACGGGCUCUAAUGCAAGUAGAUUUCCAACAGUUUCGAACACAACUGGAGAAAAUGUCAGGCAUCAGACCAUUACCACACCAUUCAUACGUUGAAGACUACAUUAAGGCCUACUAUCUGUCUGAAGCAGACACAGAAGACUGGAUUCGAAAGCAUCAGGAGUACACAGCAAAACAGUUGCAGUCGAUGAUCAUUGUGGGAGUGGGCAGUCGCUCAGGGAAAAAAUCCAGACAGAGACUUUUGGCUAUAGUGGAUGAAGUUGACAGACGAUAAUUAACUUUUAAUUAAAUUACUUCUUAGUGCAUUUUGCGUUAUAGUUUCAUUAGUCAUGAUUUUAGUACCUUUCAAUGAAAGACAUAAUUAUAGGGUGACAUAAUUAUGCUAUUAAUACA